UAAAUAUUUUAAAAUAUGCAUUUUAGGCUUGAAGUUGAAAAUGCCGAGUUAAAAGUUACAGUCAAGGAGCAAGCAAGCCAAACUGAACAGCUUCAGAAAGACCUGUUAAGUUCAAGUUCGUGUGGUGAUGAAAAGGAAAACCUUAAGAAAUGUAUGGAGUUAAAACAGGCUUUGCAGUUCAGGUUGGAUCAAGAAGUGAAGAAAAAUGAGGAAUUAGAAAAAGAGAAUACUGGGCUUAAGAACCACUUAAACAUGUUAAGAAGGAUGUUAAGUAAAUAUGAAAAUGGAGAGCUUCCUUUCUAUGGAGAUUUAAAAACCAGUCAAACGGAAAUGGAAAUUCAGAUUAAUAUGCUAAGACAGAAGAUUGGUGAUCUUAGAGCAAGAUUGGAAACUGAAUCUUCAAGAUGUAUAGACCUGGAUGCAAAAAAUCAAGUUCUUCAACAGGAGUUAUUAUCUAUGAAAGCAACAGAGAGGGAAUGUGAAAAACUAAAACAGAUUAAAAAGAACUUGGAAGAAAAAGUAGUAAACCUCAGAAGUCAUGCAGAAGUCAAUGUGGUACAAGGCAUUCAAGUAGAAAAGUAUUAUAAAUGGGAGAUUGACCAGAGAGUAAGAUUGAUUGUAGAAGAAAGAUUAAAAGAAGUCAAUCUAUUUUUACAGAGACAAGCAGCAUCUCAAGAAAACUUAGAGCAGUUAAGAGCAAGUCAUGAUGCUUCAAUAAGAAGUCAAGUGGCACUCAGAAUUAAAGAGCUGGAAUCUGAACUUCAAUCCCAAAUAAGAAAUUCUCAGGAACUUAAAAUAGAAUUGGAAAAGUACAGGCAACUCUACCUAGAAGAAUCAGAAAUGCGAAUGUCAUUGACAAAAAAACUGAGCAAUUAA